AUGUCAUUCAUUCUUCUCUUCGUACAACACUUCCAGAAAAUCAGAAAAGAAUCUCGCACCGGCUCAUCUUCCGCAUCCGUCAGUACCACUCCUGCCGCCACUCCUGCCGCCACUCCUGCCAAGAAACGUAAAUCCAAGGCCUUUUCUUACGAGGACGGGGCUGAAAACGAUGACGAUGAAACGCCCUCGAAGAUACCAUCCAAACGUGUCAAGAAUGGAAAUGGUAACCAAACAGCUACUCAAGUCGGAGUCGAGGUUGAGGAAUAG